AUGAAUAACGAGGAUAAUAUGGACAACUCUGGAGAAGCAACAGACCAGCCUCACGCUUUCCAAGUAGAAAGCGAGGAACCGGUUUCUUCUAAUCUCACUCAACUCACCGACGACAUUACCAACCAACUCGCCCGAGCAUUUCACAUCACUGACCAUCAUGAUGACCCGCUUUUCUUGCCAGCUUUGUUUACAAAUCCUGUGAAUACAACGACAACAGAGCAGCAUAUAAGAGAAGAACCAGAUGGAAUGUCCCUAGACUCUUCUCCCCAGAUUCUACACUCGGUGUCUGGAACUAGCGCACUUCUCAACACACAACAAUCCCCUUCAACCACUGCUGCUUCUCACGAAGUUAAUAAUACAACUGCAGCAGCUCGCAGCCUCGCCGGCAUUCUGAAGAAGAACAAAGGCGGGAAGACAGGAAAGAAAGUCAAGUUCGCAGCCCCGCCAGGGAAGGUAGUAAAGUGCUACAAAUCUUCUCAGGCAAUGGCUUCCUGGCUCCGUCCACUUAAGUCCAUCCUUCAGAUCGUCUCGUCCAAGGACAGACAGACUGCCAAGCUAGAUAAGAAGAAAGUUAUUGUUGUCAUGCCAGGACAUCAGCUUUUGGAUGGGGGGGAUGACAAGGAUAAGGACAAGGAUGAAGAAGGAGCGGGCACGGACUAUCACAAUAGCUUUCCAGUUGUGGGCGCGAGCUCGAUCGACGACCUGGUUGAAUACAUUCGCCAGGCCACCGCUUGUCCUAAGCAAACGCGCAACCUCAAGGAUUAUUGGAAACACCAGAGAGGUGGUGACGUUAGGAUUUGGGGGUAUAGAAACCCAUGGUGCACAAAAUGCUACGGGGAAUGCCCCAUCUGCGGUACCGCCUGUUGCGUAUACGAGGAACUGAAACGUGCAGUCUCAGAUGAGGCAUCAGAUCCUCUUGUGUCACGAGACCGGAGACGGAUAAUGGACCUAAUGGGGUCGGUGGGAGCCUACAUCAAAGACGCGAGCACGUUCUCCUUGUGUUCAACGCCAGGUUGCGGAAAGCAUGUCUGCCCAUCCUGUUGCGGAAUAUGCCCGGACAAGCGUUGCCGAGAUGUACAGUGCAAGCGAUGCUGCUUAGGAGUGCAAGGCAGAUCCCUGGGCCGUAUGCGACUGGCACGAGUAGUCAGCGGUGCGCCACGUUAUGAAGCACGACAAUAUCAUGACGAAGUUACGAUAAUUAUGCCGAUGACAUUCGUUGUUAAGCGAUCCCUGAGAAAUCUCCGGAUUCAUUGGCCAUUGAAGGGUGGUAUGGAGGAGUCUUCGGUAGAAGAUGGCAGUUUCGAUGCGCAUACAUCCCGAUCCCCAAGAUCUGGAGAAGUAGAGGCGGAAGCCAACCAGCCAAGGGCAGGGGCGGUCACGUGUCACCGCUUAGCGAGGCUCCGCACCGCACCACAAUUGUGUCAGUCUCACGAACAGCUCGCCGCAGAGACCGCUUCGACUCAACCACCCAACGCCAACCGACAACAUCUCGUCUCGACCGGCUGCGCAUCUCAGACGUUCAAGAUGCGUACCUACGACGAUUCUUUCAGCGGUCAGAAGAUCUACCCUGGAAAGGGUAAGCUGUACGUCCGUGGCGACAGCAAGAUCUUCCGCUUCCAGAAUGGAAAGUCCGAGUCCCUCUUCCUCCAGCGCAAGAACCCCCGCCGCAUCGCCUGGACUGUCCUCUACCGUCGCCAGCACAAGAAGGGCAUCUCUGAAGAAGUUGCCAAGAAGCGCACCCGCCGUGUCGUGAAGAGCCAGCGUGCCAUCGUUGGUGCCUCCCUCGACGUGAUCAAGGAGCGCCGCGCCCAGCGCCCCGAGGCCCGUGCCGCCGCCCGCCAGCAGGCCAUCAAGGACGCCAAGGAGAAGAAGGCCGCCAACGAGAGCCGCAAGCGUGCUGAGAAGGCCAAGGCCGCUGCCUCCGGUGCCAAGCCCGCUCAGCGCAUCCAGAGCAAGCAGGGUGCUAAGGGCUCUGCCCCCAAGGUCGCUGCCAAGUCGCGUUAAAACGGAUUAGAGGCGGUACUGGCUGUUGGGACUGGGAUGAAAGUAAAAGGAUAAG